CUCAUGUGAUCUUUAAGUGGGUGUGUUCUUACCCUGGAUUCAGUGCGACGUUUUCAUUACAUUUUAAGAUGGCGACGGUGCAUCUGAGAAUCGGGGAUUUGGUGUGGGGGAAGCUGGGACGCUAUCCGCCUUGGCCAGGAAAGAUUGUAAGUCCACCAAAGGACUUGAAAAAGCCAAGGGGCAAAAAAUGCUUCUUUGUGAAGUUUUUUGGAACUGAAGACCAUGCCUGGAUAAAGGUUGAACAGCUGAAGCCCUACCACCCCCACAAAGAGGAGAUGAUCAAGAUAAACAAGGGCAAGCGCUUCCAACAGGCGGUAGAUGCCGUAGAGGAGUUUCUAAAGAAGGGCAAAGGGAAAGAGCAGGGUUCACACUGUAACUCAGAUGACAAAAAGUCCACAGACUCGAAAGGCCGAAAAGCUCCGGCCAAGCCCAUGAAAAUCAUCGAGGAGGACGACGAAGAUCCUUUCAAGGGGGGCUCGUCUGACAAAGAGUUAACCGACUCUGAUCCAGAGCCGUCCUCCGUCCAGCGUCUGGUCGCGGGAACAGUCUCAGGAUUCAAGUGGGAGAGCAGUCCAGUAAAGGACGACCCACAUUUCCACCAUUUUCUGCUCAGCCAGUCUGAGAAGCCUGCUUCUUCAAUGGAGACCAUCAGCAAGCGUCUUAAAAUCAUCGAGGAGGAUACAGGGUCCACAUCUAUUCAGGCAGCAGACAGCACCGCUCUCAACGGCAGCAUCACACCCACAGAUAAAAGAAUAGGUUUCCUUGGGCUUGGACUUAUGGGCAGUGGUGUAGUUUCAAACCUCUUAAAGAUGGGCCAUGUUGUCACCGUAUGGAACCGCACAGCUGAGAAGUGUGACCUGUUCAUCCAGGAAGGGGCUCGGUUAGGGCGGACGCCAGCAGAGGUUGUGUCCAUGUGCGACAUCACGUUCUCCUGUGUGUCAGACCCAAAGGCUGCCAGAGACCUGGUACUGGGGCCCAGUGGGGUGUUGCAGGGGAUCAGGCCGGGGAAGUGCUAUGUGGAGAUGUCCACCAUAGACCACGAGACCGUCACAGAGCUCUCACAGGUCAUCACAUCCAGAGGUGGGCGUUUCCUGGAGGCCCCAGUAUCGGGAAGCCAGCAGGUGUCAAACGAGGGCAUGCUUGUGAUCCUUGCGGCUGGAGACCGCUCCGUCUACGAAGACUGCAGCAGCUGCUUCCAAGCCAUGGGCAAGACCUCGUUCUUCUUAGUAGGAGAGGUGGGCAACGCUGCGAGGAUGAUGCUUAUCCUCAACAUGGUCCAGGGAAGCUUCAUGGCCACCAUUGCUGAGGGGCUGACCUUAGCCCAAGCCACCGGCCAAUCACAACAGACCUUCCUGGACAUCCUCUGCCAGGGACAGAUGGCCAGCUCCUUUGUGGACCAGAAAUGCCAAAAUAUCCUACAAGGCAACUUCAAGCCUGAUUAUUACCUGAAACACAUUCAGAAAGAUCUCCGGCUAGCCAUCUCAAUGGGAGACUCGGUCAAUCACCCAACACCUAUGGCAGCUACUGCAAAUGAGGUCUACAAAAGAGCAAAGGCGUUGGACCAGUCAGACAAUGACAUGUCUGCCGUCUACAGGGCCUACAUCCACUAGACCUGAAGACGAGCUCGCAACUUUGGACCACAUUUUAUUUCAUUUUAUUUUUUAUCUCCUGUAUCUCUUCACAUUCUGGUCAAUUUUGCUUUUUUAGAAAGAUUCUUUUCCAUUUGGUUAUGAAUUUCCCAGGCACCAGUGAUUUCAUUUCUUCCCAUGUGGCUAUGGGAGCUCUAUAGCAGGUUACUGUGAACGUUGCACUGACUUUGAUAUUGCUACCCCGGAAGCUCAGUGUGGGGGUCAUUCACACCUUUUUCUGGUUCUUUUCAUUUUAUCCUCAUGUGAUGGGGGGAGAAAGAGUUGUUGUUAAGGUUUUUUUUUUUUUUUUUUUUUUUAUUUUCGGGGCUGUAACACAACACACUGCAACUAUCUGAAACAGUUUUUUUUUAUUUUAUUUAUCAUUCGUAGCAUCACAUUUUUAAACAUCUCUAUUUAAUUCCAAGUAUAUUAUUUGCAACGAAUGUUCAGAAUUCUGUGGAUUAUUAAGUGGUGGUGGCUGGGAAAAAAAAGCACCAAGAAAAUGCCCCUGUAUUGCCUUAAUAUCAGCCCCAAGAAUAAUAGAUAUAUUUAUUUAUUUUAUUGCUGAGGAUUCCAGUCCUUUAUUUGGUGUGUUCUGACCAUUCAAUGUUUUGCAUCACUGUUUUGAAGAAACAAAAAGGGGUCAUGGCUGAUGAAGGAAGAGAGAUUCCAAUGCCUUAUAACAAAACAAUGUACUUUAAGAUGCAGUAACAAGAAACCCAAGUGAGUAUCAGUCUAACAAAUCAAAAGCCUACCUGUUCUGUCAAUAGCUUGUGUGUCUGUGAAGCAAGACAAAAAUAUUUAACUUAACUAAGUUGACCUGUAAGUGACAUUGCGGCGAAGUGAAGCCAGUGUAAAGGUCUUUGAGACGAAGGAACUGUGUUUGGACAUUGGGAGCGUACAACAGUGGUGCAUGUACCCGUUUCCUACAGAAUUUAUUUGGUUAACACCAUAGUCUAAUGUAAGCAUGCAAGUGUUUUUGUUUUUACAAAUUUUAUGCUGAUGAAUUAAUUAUAUUCCUCAGUCACUGGUGAGGUUUGUUUCCCUUUUAAUGACUGGGUCGAACAUGCAUAGCUGAAUGCAUACUUUUGCCUUAACUGUUUCUUUAUUGGCGUUUAAUUCUUUUGUUUUUUUGGGGGUGGGGAGAUAUCUAGCGAUGGAAAGGGUUGAGGCAUUUAAAUGAAACUAUCAUGAAACUUGGAUAUAAUAUUGUCAGGGCAAGUACUGUGAUCCUUUAUGUUUUAUCUGACUCCAUGCCUUUAGCAUAUUAAAUGUUUGAUUUUAAUGCAAGCUUAAUUUUCAUGUCUCGGAUCACAAUCAUUUUGGAAAUGAAUCUGCCUGUUAAAAGACCAUAAUCAAAGGAUCCCAGUUUUGCCAAAAAUGGUGCAAGAUGUGUUUGGUUGAGGAUGUCGAGAGUGAAAAGUUUUUUUUUUUUUUAGGUGAGCAGCAAAUAAGUCAAUGUACAUAGCCCCGCCUCUGAUUAAUUAUUUAACAUGUGAGGGAAUUCAGACUUUCAUUUGGACUCUACUGAGUUUAUUAAUCAAUUGCUAUCUUAUAUUGUAGUUUGUUUUCUUGUGUUAGAGGUCAAAAUCCUGUAAAUGGUUAAUUAAGACGUGCUUACAGACUUGCUAUUGACAUGUGAAAAAAAAAAAAAAAAAGACAAAUCAAAACUUCACCAUUUUGUGUAACAGAUAACGCUGUUCUAAUCUGAUAUUUAUGAUUUGAUGUAAAUGUGGAAAUGUUCUCUUUUUUUUUUGUGCAGUUCAAUGAAUCCUCUUCUGAUUAAAGAAACAGAGUGAUAAACUGU